CGCCUGCGGCCGGGGCGUGCGCGGGGCAGACGCGGAAAUCUGAAUGGGGCUCGCGGGCCGGUCGCUACGGGGGCCGGGGCGGGGCGAGCGCGCUGCGCGCGGCCGGCGCUGACGCGGGCUCGGUGCGGCGGCUGGGGCGGCCCCGCUCCGCGUCCCCGGGGCUCCCCUCGCCAUGAGGCCGGGCCCCGUGUCUCGCCCGGGCCGGGCGUCCCUGUGGCUGGCGCUCUGCGCUGCCCUGUUGACGCUGCCGCCCGCCCUGGGCGCUGGCGAGCGGCGGCGCCUGGCGUGCUCCACCUGCCGGGGCAUCGUGGACAGGUUCAACCAGGGAUUAGCAGAUACAGCUAAAAAGAACUUUGGUGGUGGGAACACUGCUUGGGAAGAGAAGACACUGUCGAAGUAUGAGUCCAGCGAAAUUCGUCUUGUAGAGAUCAUAGAGAACCUGUGCGACAGUAGUAACUUUGAAUGUAAUAACAUGGUAGAAGAGCAUGAAGAAUAUAUAGAGAAAUGGUGGUUCAAACUAAAGAAGAAGUAUCCUGAUUUGUUUAAGUGGUUUUGCAUAGAAACAAUAGAAGUUUGCUGUCCUGCUGGAACUUAUGGACCAGAUUGCCUCGCUUGUCGUGGUGGAUCAGAAAGACCUUGCCAUGGAAAUGGCCACUGUGAUGGUGAUGGUACCAGAGGUGGAGAUGGCUCAUGUAGCUGUAACAAGGAGUACACUGGAGACUUUUGUUUGGACUGUUCUAAUGGUUACUUCAGUUCCUUGAGAAACGAGACGCAUUCUGUUUGUACAGCCUGCCACACUGCCUGUAAAACUUGUACUGGUUCAAGUAACAAGGACUGCCAGGACUGUAAAGAAGGCUGGAUUAAAAAUGAAGAAGCAGCUUGUGUGGAUUUAGAUGAGUGUGCUACUUCUCCUUGCAAAGAUCACCAGUACUGUUUGAACACAGAUGGAUCUUUCUCAUGCAAAGCGUGUGAUGCCAGCUGUGUAGGUUGCACAGGGGAAGGUUCUGACAAGUGUAAGACCUGCGCAUCUGGAUACAUGAAGGAAGAUGAAAAGUGUACAGAUAUAGAUGAAUGUAGCCUUCCUGAAAAGGUCUGUGUGAAAGAGAAUCAAGACUGUGUUAAUACUUCAGGUAGUUACAAGUGUGUAUGUUCAGAAGGGUUUGAAGAUAAGGACGGAACGUGUGUUCAAACUGUAAAAACAGGAGAGGAAGUACAGAGUGGAAUAACUGAGCCAUCACCUACUGGACAUGAUGACUUAUGAUCUGCAUUCAGAAUGAAAAGACAUUCCUAUCUAAAGUUCUAAAUUAUUGGACUAAGCCUCUGCUAGCUGACGUACUGUGGAAAUGGUAUUAAAUAUGCAGGUUGCCAUUAAGAUUUUGUUUUUUAAAUGGUGAUAAACUGCUCUUUAAGCUGCAUUUCUUUAUUCUCAAAUGGCACUUUUUAUAUAAUUCUUCAAGAACAAUACUCUAGAUGGGUUGGUACAAAAUUUGAAUUAACAUAACACUGUUCCCAGCAAUUGCAAACAAAUUGCAGGCCUCUCCUUCUAGUGCCUACUGAAAACUAUCAUCAGUUGGAAGGACUUAGUUGCACUUCAUAAAUCAAGAAAAAUUUAGACUCAAGUUUGUUGUUUCUUGACGUGAGAAAUAUUUCUUUAACUGAAAUACAGCUUUCAGAAACUGUCAAAGGGAAUCUCUUUGGGGGGGAGGCACUGCUCCCUUAAAUGAAAUAGAAUGCCUAAUACUGCAUUCAAUAAAAGUUUAUUUUGUUGGAA